CUGUAAUGUUCUCUUCUAUUUAUUUUUGGUCUACGCUUUGAGAAGUCAGCAAGUCACGUGAUAUAUCUUUAAAAAGGUUAUAAAGAUAAAAUUCGUAUAAUAAUAACAUUGUGAACUUGCAGCAUGGUAGUGUAAUAAUUUUAUCUUAAUUGUUUUAGAAUAUUUUCUGAUAUUGUGAGUGAAUGUUUAUCAAACUUCCCCAGUUCAAGUAAUCAUUAGAUAGAAAAAUGAAUGGUGAUAUAAGAUUUGGGUCUUUUAUAAAACACCAUAAACACCAGUUGAUUUCAUCUGGUAUUCCUGAACAUUUUUGGAGCACUCUCUUUAUAAAAUUGUCCAACAACAUUUUCGAUGCCGGCUCGACCUUUUCUAUUAUGGUGAUGCUGUAUGAUGAGGACGAUCCCGAAUCUCAGAGGCGCUUUGUGGUAGUGUCAAGUGAAAAUGGAAUAAGCAAAUCUGAUCCUAAACAAAUCUAUCUCAUUGAUCAUGCUUGGACGUAUAAACUAAGUGAAGCAAAGGAGCAGCUCUUGAAUAUUCCUGAAUUAUUAGAUAGAAUGUGCAAAAUGAUGAAAAUUGACCCUGCUGAACCAGGUAUUGCCGCUGAAAGGGUUUACUCAGAAAUGUGGUUAUUUAAUCAAACCUAUAGUAUUGCAUCUGGACGUAAUAUUGAAGAUAGACUUCCAGUCUGGUACAUAAUGGAUGAGUUCGGUUGUACAGUUCAACAUUCAAAUAAUCCCAAUUUUCGUAUAGUGCCGUUUGCUUAUGCACCUGAAGGAGAAACUUACUCUAUAUUGUUUCCAAUCAAAGAUGUAAAUGUGGAUGAAGAAGUUACUAGAGAUUAUGUCGAAGGAUAUGCAAAUGAAUUACACAGAGAAUGUUUGUUAACACCUUGGUUUCCUCAAGAUUUCAAACACAUCAAUUUUCUUCCUGUAGAACCGUCUGCCGAAUACUUCAUGAGUGGACGCCUCAACGAAUCACUCCCUGUCUUGGACCUGUUGCGUAUUCCUGCACAACUUCGACCGGCAUGCACCUUGAAAGUUUAUGCAGAUUACAAGUAUGUCAAUAUGUAUUUGACAGAUCCUAGAUUCGAAAUUGUCAACAUUCCAGAAGAAGCUCACAUCCUAUGGUACACCAGCCACUUCACCGAUUUUGAAACAUUAAGCACUGAGAACCCACACAAGUAUGUCAACCAGUUUCCGUAUGAAUUUGUUUUGACAGUCAAAGAUCUGCUGAGUGUUGUCUGUAGGAGGACAGCCAAAGGUCACGAAUCUUACAACACUGAAACACUAGAUAUUUAUCCACUUUGGCUUCCGGAAACUUUCAAUCUUAAUACCGAGCUACCCCAAUUUAUUAGCUACUAUCAAAACAGGGAAGAAAAGGACCUUGACAACCAUUGGAUAUGCAAACCGUGGAAUCUUGCUAGAGGACUAGAUACUAUCAUUUCUGAUAAUUUGAAUAUGAUAGUUAGACUGUCUUGCAGUGGCCCCAAAAUCGCUCAAAAAUAUAUUCACGAUCCAAUUCUCUUCCACAGACCUGAAGUUGAAGGCUCAGGUCUAGUGAAGUUCGACAUCAGAUACAUCAUUGUGUUGAAGUCUGUGGAGCCUUUAGAGGUGUACGCUUACAAGAACUUCUUCCUCCGUUUUGCCAACAAACCGUUCGAGUUGAACGAUUUCGACGACUACGAAAAACAUUUCACCGUCAUGAACUAUACUGGGAAAUCGAACCUCAAGAAAAUGCUCUGUGAUGAAUUUGUCGAAAAAUUCGAGGAACGUUUCGGUGACCAACACUCUUGGGAUAGUGUGGAGAAGAAGAUUUUUGCAAUGAUCAAGGAGAUUUUUGAAGCCGCAAUUUCGGAGAAGCCACCAUGUGGUAUUCCUCACAGUCCACAGUCUAGAGCAGUCUACGGUAUGGAUAUGAUGCUGUCCUAUACGGCAAACAAAGACAUUCAGCCAAAAGUACUAGAAAUUAAUUGGAUUCCAGACUGUCAGAGGGCGUGUGAGUACUAUAAUGACUUUUACAAUGAUAUCUUCGCCCUCUGCUUUUUGAAUGAAGAAAGACCAGUUUUUGAGAAACUAUAAUGUGAAUUGGAAGUUUGGAUUUUUUAGUCUAAUAAACUAUAAAUUCACUA